UUGGUCUAUAGCUGACUGACAUUUCAGAGCCUGUAAAAUCAAGCAAAUUUAAAGGGAGCUCAGUUGUGAGGUGUAUUCAUCAAUCAUGCCCAACAUUUUUCGCAGCUUUCUAUCAGAUCGCUAUAGUGGCAAGCAAGAACGAUUCUACGAACGUUAUGAUGCCUUUUUUCGAGCUAUACCCAACCUGCCACCGAUGCCCAGACCAAAACCUAGUAACAACAUAAGGUUUACCACAAGGCCCGAACCAAAGACAAACCUCAAGUUUACCUAUCUUUAUGGUAGUAGGGAACCCAGCAGCGAUUGGCGUCAGGGCGAUGAUAUAUCCAUUGUGGACAGAAGGAAAAUGGAGGAGGACCAUGGCAUCCAGUUGAUGAGCAUUCAACCGGCUUCCGAAAAUUCGUUGGUCAGCCAUAUUAUCUGGGAACUCAAAAUGCCGGACCAAAGUCCAGAAUUAAUACCCAAAACCAAAAAAGGCAUUAAAGUAGGCAUCAUUACGGUGCUGGCUGAAGCCACAAAGACUCGCUCGAGGUUCAUAAGAAAAAGUCAACUUUUGGCCAAAGUGCCAGAGCCACAAAGUGUGGUGCAAUCACCUCCGCCUCAGCCCAAAAAACUGGCGGAGAAAAGGCGUUUCAAACGGCAGGGCGAGCAAUUUGAAUGCAGCUAUUGUGUAAAAAAAUUCGAUCACUCCUGGAUGCUAAUCGCCCACAUGAGGACUCACACGGGAGAAAGACCUUUCGUGUGCCCCGAACAAAGUUGCCAGAAGUCCUUCGCCGAUCGUUCUAAUCUACGCUCCCAUCAGCGCACAAUGGGCCACCACGAGUGGCAACAUCAGUGUGGUCAGUGUGGCAAGUAUUUCAGCCAGAUAUGUUACCUUAAUCGCCAUUCGAUGGAAGCCUGUCGGAAAUAUCUGAUGAGCAUUAUGCAUAAGAAGUUUUAGCUAUAAAACAUAAAAAAACAACUAUAA